UCGGGGGCGGUUUGAGCGGCAGCGCCCGGCGCGGCGGCGGCUCCCGGGUCCGGCACGAUGCUGCCCCUGUCUUUGCUGAAGACGGCGCAGAACCACCCCAUGCUGGUGGAGCUGAAGAACGGCGAGACGUACAACGGGCACCUGGUGAGCUGCGACAACUGGAUGAACAUCAACCUGCGGGAGGUGAUCUGCACAUCGCGGGACGGUGACAAGUUCUGGAGGAUGCCAGAGUGCUACAUCCGCGGCAGCACCAUCAAAUACCUGCGGAUCCCCGACGAAAUCAUUGACAUGGUGAAGGAGGAGGUGGUGUCCAAGGGCAGAGGCCGUGGUGGGAUGCAGCAGCAGAAACAACAGAAGGGUCGUGGGGUUGGAGGAGCUGGAAGAGGUGUGUUUGGUGGCCGUGGCAGAGGAAUUCCAGGCAGUGGAAGAGGCCAGCAGGAAAAGAAGCCAGGCAGGCAAUCAGCCAAGCAGUGAACGUCUGCACCCAGGCAGGGACAGUUUGGGUUUUGUCACCUCAGGGUUGCCACGUGUCCAAAAAAAGUUCCCAUUCCCACUCUUCCAUCAGAAUCAGAGCCCAAAUCAUGUUCCUUUGGAAGCCCCUCAUGCUUUAAUCUGGGGGAGUUUUCUCUCCUUGUAGUCAGUAAAUCAUUGGAAAUGUUUUUUUUUUUAAUUUGUUCACGGUUAAGGACUGAGGUUCUGCCUUCUUCUGAGAGUGAAUUUUUCAGGCUCACCAGGUUUAAUUUAAAAUAUUUUUCCUGUUCAGAGGUACCAGAAUGAAGGCAAACACUUUCUGGAUUGCUUGGAUUUUUUUUUGUUUGGGUUUUUUUUAAUACUUGAAACUCGGGAAACUUUUGUUUGUAACAGAUGUGCUUUGGUUUAAAAACACUGAACUUGAGGAUGUUGUGUCUGUACAUGAAUAAUCCUAAAGGUUUGGGUUUUUUUUAAAAAACCAACAAAUUUUCAAGCUAUUGCUUUUCUCCUGGCCAGUGAGUUCUGAUUCUCCAGUGGCUUCGAGGGGGGAUGAACAUUGGCCUUCAAGGCUUGUUCCCAAGAGAGCUUUGUGACAAAUGAGCAUUUCCCAAUUAGUUCAUUGCUAAUUUGACUUCAGAUUAGAAGUUUCCUUCAAAGGAACAGGAUUUUUUUCUGUGGUUUUUUUUUUUUUUUGCAUGAGGCUGGUGCCCCCUUAUUCCUCAUGGGGGAUUUAAAUUUUUUAUUUUUUUUUUAAAGCAACUUGAGUUGAUUUACAUGGAUUUAUUUCCCACCCUGCUUUGAAAACUCUCUCCUUUCUGCUGUGACACUGAGCCCUGAACUCUGACAAUAUUUCCCAACCUAAUUUCUUCCAGUACCUGGUGAUUGACCUCACUGGCUGGACCUGCCACUUCCUUCCCCAGCCACCAAUUAUCUUCCCUUGGGGACACAGGCCAGCGUGUGAACGUGUCCCUCCUGCAGGUUCAGAAAACUCCUGGGAAUUCCCAGGUCAGGUUGCUCCAGUCUUCCAUCCCAUGAGCAAAAUGCACCCUCAGAAUAUCCUGGCUGCUCCCAGUUGAGGGCAUGGGGGGAAGAAACAGCUCUGGGUGUGCCUCAACCCCCCCUGGAUGGAUGGAACAGCUCAAUUUUGGGGAGGAAAGUGGAAUUUUGACUUGUUCUGAGCAGGUUUUGGGUUUGUACAACUGGUUCUCACAUUGGAGCUUCUGCCAUCGCUGCUGUACUGAAAAAAAAGAAGAACUUGGUUUUAUAGACUUAUUUUUUUAAUGUUUGUAGCAGUGGGCGCAGUGGUGAGUGAGAAUAAAUCUCCAGCCUCUUCCA